AGAAGACUAGGAAGGCUCCUCUGCAGGGCUGACAUCUGCCAAAAUGAGCGGCCUGGAUGAGGGCAAUGAGCUCCUUCUCGCUAACACCACGACCCCCGCCCACGCCCCAGAAGAUCUGGAUCUGAACCAGGACGAGGGAUUCCGUGAGGAAACCGAGGCGGCGCGGGAGAUGGAGGCUGCAGGUGAGGCCGGUGCGGAGGGAGGCGCGCCCCCGGAUUCCCAGCACUGCGGCCCUGCGCUUUGCCUUGCAGUGGCUGAAAAUUGUGGUGAUGCGGCAGCCGGAGAGGGGCUGGAGGAUGCUCUGUCUCCAUCAAAGGGCGGGGACGCAGCCUCAGUCCCUGUGGCAGCCGACGACAGCAAUAAAAAUGGCUGUCAGCCUGAAGGGCCGCGCAGCCCUGCUGGACCGAAAGCUCUGGAAGCCUGUGGUGCAGUGGGCCUGGGGUCCCAGAUGGUGCCGGGGGCAAAGAAGACCAAAGAAAUGACGGCGACCAAGUGCGCCACCUCUGUGGCCGCCGGGAAGGAGGGAGAAGCGGGGGCGGCGAUGCAGGAAAAGAAGGGGUUACAGAAGGAAAAAAAGGUAGCCGGAGGAGGGAAGGAGGAGACUCGUCCCAGGGCCCCGAAGAUCAAUAAUUGCAUGGACUCGCUAGAGGCCAUUGAUCAAGAGCUGUCAAACGUAAAUGCGCAGGCCGACAGGGCCUUCCUCCAGCUGGAACGCAAAUUUGGGCGGAUGAGGCGGCUUCACAUGCAGCGCAGAAGUUUCAUCAUCCAAAACAUCCCAGGUUUCUGGGUCACCGCUUUUCGGAACCACCCUCAGCUGUCACCAAUGAUCAGCGGCCAAGAUGAAGACAUGAUGAGGUACAUGAUCAAUUUAGAAGUGGAGGAGCUUAAGCACCCAAGAGCAGGCUGCAAAUUUAAGUUCAUCUUCCAAAGCAACCCCUACUUCCGAAAUGAGGGGCUGGUCAAGGAAUAUGAGCGCAGAUCUUCCGGUAGAGUGGUAUCCCUCUCUACUCCCAUUCGCUGGCACCGGGGCCAAGAACCCCAGGCCCAUAUCCACAGGAAUCGGGAGGGGAACACGAUUCCCAGUUUCUUCAAUUGGUUCUCAGACCACAGCCUCCUAGAAUUCGACAGAAUAGCUGAAAUUAUCAAAGGGGAGCUGUGGUCCAAUCCCCUACAAUAUUAUCUGAUGGGCGAUGGGCCACGCAGAGGAGUUCGCGUCCCACCAAGACAGCCAGUGGAGAGUCCCAGGUCCUUCAGGUUCCAGUCUGGCUAAGCUCUCUGCCCUUGCAAGAAGCUUCUGCAGGAGAGUCCUUCCACCUCCUCGGUUUGGCCAGCAGCAUGCAGCCUUUCGUCUGCUUUCUCUUCCUGUUGGAUUGUGUCCUUUGGUUCUUCUCAGUCUCUAGUAGUUUCAAGAUCGUGGCUUCCAAGUCUGUGCUCUUCUUUGUCUUGGCCAUCACGGUGUUCUGCAUAGUGUUAAUGGUGUUCCAAGUGCAUGGCCUCCAAACUGCUUCUAUGCCGAGCUCACAGUGCUGUAGUUUGUACUGCCUUCCUUUGCAUGGCUUGGUUCAUGUCUGUGACCAUGUCUUCUUCCAGUUUUUUAAAAAGUGGUUCUCUACCACAAGAAAGCUUGACAUAUCCUUACCAAGAAUUUGCCAGGUCUCAUUCUUCCUGCCGUGUUUCUUAUUUUCUAUGGACUGUGAUGAACUGUGACUUUCACCACUGCAAGAUGGAACUGUAUCCCAACCCAGCCAUCAGCCCAUCAGGACAUUCCAACAGAUCCUAGCUGUCUUCCUGGGCCUUUGCUAUUUACCACCGAAGCAGGUGGCUGGUGGGUGACUACCAGGCAUGAGUAAAGUAACAGGCCGGGAGUGUUUUAUGUUUCCACAUUGGUCUUGUACCUUUGGUUACUGUGCAUUGUGAUCAGCUACUGGUGAGUAUGAAGGCCUGUGCAAUUGCCCACUAGUUCUCUCCUGGUUGAGCUGGGCACAGGCCAACACUGUUCCUCAGGA